AUGAUGAUAUAGAGAAAAUAAGAAAAAAUUUAGAGGAUUAAGUUAACGAUUUUAACCUAAAAUUAUCAUAGUAGUUAUUUUCCCUUAAGUAAAUAAAUGUUAUCUCUAUAUAUCAAUUUUUCAGAUAUUCAAGGAAUAAAAAGAUAGUUCCUUAAUUUGAAAGAAACUCAAUUGUAAGUUAUAUAUAUAAAAGAAAUUGAAAUGAUAUAUUUACAAGAUGGAGAAAUACUUAGAUGGUAUUUGAAAAUAUUUAUAAUUGAAGCAAUGAGAUAUAAGAUUUUUAUGAUAAACCUUAGAUAAUGAAAGACUUAUAAUAGAUUAAGCAGCUAAAUUGGCAUGAUUAAUAUAAUUUGAAUUCAUAAAAGGAAGGCAAAAGGUAUCCAACUUGGAAGGGAGAAAAAUUAGAUGUUGGAGGGGAUUAUUUAUAAAAUGGAUUAAAGAAUGGUGAAUGGAAAAAGUUAAGCUAAAAUCUCUGGGAGUAAUUUGAUAUUUUAUGUUUUAGCAAAGCUUAAGUAUUUGAAAAGGGGAAGUAUGAAAAUAAUAAAAAAUGUGGUGUUUGGUAUAUUAUCCACAAUAAUUAAUUACUGUAUUAUAAUUUAACAAUAAUUAAGAGGUGAGGGCUCUUAUUCAUAAAAUGGCUUAAAAAAUGGGAGAUGGUUUGAUUUACAUGAAAAUUAUCAUGAGUAUUUAAUAUUAUCUAUUGAAUAGAGGGAAUCAAUUCAUUCUUAAUGGAGAGUAUUUGGAAGGAUAAAAGAUUAACCAGUGGAAUAUACUAUAAAAGGGGAGAUAAAUGUAAGAAAAUUUCUUUAUUUUUUAAGUGAUGGAGGAUAUUAUAAUAAAAUAGGAAAAAAAGGAAGGUAAUUGGAUAGAAUUGCAUAAUAAUUUUAAUGAGUAUAAAUAUAUUCAAAAUGUAGAAAUAAUCAAAUAAUUGAGUCAGGAAAAUAAGAAAAUGGAAACAGAAUUGAAUAAUGGGAUUUUAAAUUUGAAGGAAAAAAAAUGUACAAUAUUGAUAUUAAUAUUAAAGUGGUGGUGGAUGAUACUCUCUCGAAGGAAAUAAGAAUGGAAUAUGGAAAGAAUUACAUAACUAUUAUUCUAAUUAUUCAAUUAGUAAUUAUGAAUAGAGACAAUGUAACCUUUCUUAUAGGUUAAUAUAAUAAUGCAAAAAAGUGUAAUUAAUGGAAAAUUCUAUUUAAAAGUGAAAAAGAAAGUCAAUAAGAAAUUAUGUAAGAUUUCCUUUUUAAUUUUUAGAAAAGGCAAUCAUAAUGAAAAUUAAAUCAAAAUUGAUGAAUAGAUAGAUUUGCAUCAAAGUAAAUGAUAUAAAUAUCUUCUAGUUAUGGAUAAGUUAUUUAUUAGGGUAUACAUAGAAAUCGGAAGAAAGAUCAAAAAUGGGAUAUUAAGAAUAGAGAUGAGGCAUCAGAGUUUGUAGCAAUGUAAAAAUUUACAAUAAAGAAUUAGUGGUGGAGGAUUAUAUGAUUCAGAAGGAAGGAAAAAUGAAUAAUGGAUAGAAUUAAAUCCUAAUUUCUCUUUUUAUUUGA